AGCUCAGGAAGCACCGAAUUUCAGGCCGCAUUGGACACGUUUUCCGCCAUGGAAAUAAACGAAACGAAACGACAAGAAAAAGGAUCGACAAAGUCUGUUGAAGAAAGUAUCGAUACGAAAAAGUUGGUUCAAAGACGACAAUGUUUAAGCGAGUUUGCUUCAGUAGAUCUGGGAACGGCAGUAUCUACGUCUCCGCAUAGAGAACGUCGCAAAUCCCUGCCAUCCCUUGGACUUGUUGCAGUGGAUAUUCAAUACAGCAUCCCCCCCUCUAAGAAGAAUUCCAGAUCGUAUGGUUUCCCCUCGACCUUGGCGAGUGAUACAGCGGAGAGCAAGUUAUACAGAAUUAAUGAAAUUUCAAAGAAAGAAGCGAAUUCCGUUCACUCUAAAGGGACGUAAACUAAUUCGUUUGGAUCUCGUCAUGUCGGAGGUAGCUCAAAUUUGUUACCGACAAGGCGGUUUUCAGUCGGAGCAAAAAGCAAUAAACCUCCAAACACCAAUUUUGCCUUUAGCACGAAGCAAAGAAGAGCGUCUUGCUCGACGUGUAACGAAAACAGCUCUACAAAGUGGCGUGUAUUGAUCCAUCAAAGGUCUCUCAAUAUCGACGACGACUGUGAAAGU